UGGAGCGGGCAGAGGCAGAGCACACUCGUUUCGUCCACUCGGCUCUCGCUCCCCUUAUCUCCUCCUCUCCAUCCCCGCCAACCAGGCAACCACAGCUCGAUCGCGCCCGCGCGGGAAAGCGGAGCAGAGCAAAGCGAAGGGAGGGAAGGAGGCCGGCCGGCAACCGUCAGACGACACAAACGAACCCAUGGCCGCGCCGCUCACGGUCGUCCGGGCCCGCCUCCUCCCCGUCUCAUGCUCCGCCGCCGCUGGCCCCUCCAAGAACAACCCCAAACAGCACCAGCAGCUAACCCUUCCGCCAGCUGCUCUUCUGCCGUCGCCGCUGCGCGCGGCGGCGGCGGCCUCGGCGGUGGUGCCACUGAUGCUGGCGCUGCCGCCGGACGCGCUGGCAGCGGGGGGUGAUUUCGGGAUCCUCGAGGGCCGCAGCUUCGCGCUGCUGCACCCGCUCGUCAUGGGCGGCCUCUUCGCCUACACGCUCUGGGCGGGAUAUCUCGGCUGGCAGUGGCGUCGGGUGCGCACCAUCCAGGACGAGAUCAACGAGCUCAAGAGGCAGCUCAAGCCCGCCGCCGCUGCGCCGGCCGCGGUCGGCGCCGGGGAUGCCGCCUCUGCCCCGCCGCCGCCCGCCGCCAUGUCGCCGGUCGACAUCGAGAUUGAGGAGCUCACGGAGGAGCGCAAGAAGCUGCUCAAGGGGUCGUUCCGGGACCGGCAUUUCAACGCGGGGUCGAUCCUGCUCGGCCUCGGCGUGCUCGAAUCCGUCGGCGGCGCACUCAACACCUGGUUCCGCACCGGCAAGCUCUUCCCGGGACCCCACCUCUUCGCCGGAGCAGCUAUCACGGUGCUGUGGGCGAGCGCGGCGGCGCUGGUCCCGGCGAUGCAGAAGGGGAACGAGACGGCGAAGAACCUGCACAUCGCGCUCAACGCGCUCAACGUCCUGCUCUUCAUCUGGCAGAUCCCCACCGGGCUCGAGAUCGUCGGCAAGGUCUUCGAGUUCACCACCUGGCCAUGAGUGCCCAUCGAACGAUGCGUGCCGGAUUCGCUGAUGCUCGUCCUUCUUCCUCGCUCUGCAUGUCUCUUCUCUUCCAUUAGGCUGUUGAUAGUCGUGUGUCCAGCUCAGUUCGUUCUCCGUCUACAGGGCUUGUUGUGUCUGUUCAUAAGGCUGUGAGCCGAAGGUUUUUGAUGCCAAAAGUAAGGGUCCGUUUCGUUUUGCAA